AAAAAUAGUAUGUCCCGCUCCAAGCUCGGAUUCACAGAUAGCUCUGUUUACCUCUAUGAAAAUCACUUGACCUAUCGCAACGUCGCUAAUAAUUGAGAUCCCUCGUGGAGAUUACAUUCAAAUUUUAGACUUAAAUCAUCAGUUUUUUUAUUGAAAUCUCCUGGAUCUGAACGCCCUACCCCGUGUGCAGGACAGCAUGUUGAGGCACUACCCGACUGCCACUCCAAUACAUUUCCGCAUUCAGCUGCUGUCGGACAAGAAGGUCGUCAUGGUCGAAGCAGCAGGCUACGAAACGGAGAUCUUCUUGCCCCAGUUAUUGGAUGGUCGUAUUAACCUGAAAAACAUCAUUCGCAGUCGUCAGCCCAGACAACAUCAAGAUCAACAUCAGCUUCAGAAUUUUGAUAGCUUCGCCGAUUCCCGGUCAAUCCAAAGCAAGGUCAGACAGCGUCCGGGGCAAUCCAAGCUGACAACUGCAACAGCAGGUCUGGCUCCUCCCACAUUCAAUGGAGUUGUAUUUGCUGCAGGAGGUUCAAAUGUGGGAAAUGGUCCACAAUUCGCCAUGAAGCUGAUCUCCAAUGGUAGCGUGGUGCUCGUGGAGUCCAAUGGGUACGAGUCCGAGAUAUUCCUGCCCCAUAUAUCUUGCGCCUACGUUUCCAUGAAACGCGUUACAGCCAGCCAACUUGUCCAAUGCUCACGCUUGACGUCCAGACAGCCAACCCGUCCAGAGAAAAUUAAUCCGAAUCCCACGUCUGCGAUGGGCCACCCCAGGUCCAAUCGUGUUAAUUUGCCCAGUGCCACUCGGCGGUGCGGCAUCGGAGAAUCAAAAAAGGAGAGCGCGCUAACACUUACGGCAAAAGAUGGCGGGGAGGCUUUUGUGUCUAUCAGGGGAAAACGUCGCAAGACUCAUCAUCAGGAUACGUCAAAAGCAAGGGCCAAGCAAGCUGGAGCUGGCGAUCAGCCGGUCAAAGUGAAGGCAAGUGAGCAACUGCCACUCCAGGAGGACUCACCCAGGCAUAUAACAUAAAAAUAUUAUAAAUUUUAUUCUUACGCCAUUGCCACGAAAUCGAAAUCAUGUAUUACAAAACCCACUCACCAUCCAAAUUCUCUAUGAAGCUCAUGAUUGGCCGGAGCGCUGUCUUGGUUGAGUAUCCGCGCAUGGAGUCGCAGCUGUUUAUGCCCGUUUAUGCUCAACCACCACGUGAUCUUCAAGAACGUUGUGUUCGACUUCAAUGAUCCCCUCGAAGAAAAUAGGCGGCCCAACAAAGUUCAUGCCUAAUCAUGUGGUUGGCCAGCACCUGAAGUCCAAGGUCCAUAGCUACAGCUACUUUAAAAGCGAACUGUCAUCACACAUCCAAGGCAAAAAAAGGCAAACAUUAAGUUCACUUUGAGGAGUCUACCCUUCCAAAGAGGGAGACUUUCAGGACAGUUUCUGCUGAAGAUGCUGAAGAAGCAGGGUAUUACACGCACGCCCCUACCUUUCGAUUUAAAUUGCAGACCCUUAUACCGGGACAAAUGUGGACAGAGGACAGAGGUGAAUACGGAAGUCAUGGAUCAGACAGAAGUUCGUCCAUGUUCACUGUGCAGGACCCCAACCCUCUGCAUAAGAUGCAUACACUUCACAGUGAUCAGUCAAACAGGAGUUUGGGCACUAUUAAUUACUGGGAAGUAAAUGCAUCUGCAGAGGACUCGUUCCUCAAUUAAAGUUGUUUAUAUGUGAAUAAAAAUUAAAAUUAUCCGAUUCACAAAA